CAACGUCCGCAUGUCCGUAGUCCCUUGUUCGCUGCUCACAACGAUCUUUCAGAAUCGUUGCAGCUCCCCACGUUUUUCAGCGACGAUUCCAGCAUAUUUAAAUCGUUUGCGAGCUGCGUAGAGAACUAAUUAAAAUUCGGACAAAUUUCGUGAGUGAAAAUAUUUGAACGUGCUGCGAUUUGUGUUACGCGAAAAGCGGUAAAUGUGGAUUGGAAUUUUCUUUGAUUUCGAGGCGUUCGAAGCGUUUUCCUACCGAUCUUGCCGCGCGACAGUAUUGUGUAAUUACGGACUUUCUUCCUGCGGGUGUAACGUGGAAUAAAAGUGUUUCUCGAUCAGCGUUAUCGCGUCGAGGUUAAAUAUAAACAAAUUAACGAACGAUCUCAACGGACUGUGAGAGCGAAAGUUGAUCGAGGAUCUGUGCUCAAGGGAUCGUGGAUUUUGUGCUCGAGCGAAUCGUGAUCGUGGCCCUUCCCAAUCCUUUUUUUCGUGGACACCUUCUCGACGGUACGUGAUUGAAGAACGAGCGAGUUAACGAGUUUCUCUCGUACGCAUCAUGCAACGAGAUUGAAAGUAAUCGGCGUCGAGUGAAGUCCUACGCGUGCGCGCUCAUUUCAACCCGUUUACCUUCGUCACCUCGGUACGCGAAGAGGAGUGUGCGUGAGGAAUAUACAUUUGCGCUUAAGAGUGAUCGUUCGGUGUCGUUUGCAGUGGUGUAGGUUGGUGCGCGACCUGACAAACGAACCAACGAGACCGCAUGCCUUCGUCGAUCUUUGAGGAGUCGCGAGACAUCACAGAAGGAACCGGCAACUUGUAGUCCCGUGGAAACUUGUGAUCUGACUAGUCGGUGAGGAAAAGUCACAGGACGUGGAACGAAAGCAGUGGAGGGAAUCGGCAAGAGUUGACGCUCCGUCGAUGUCUCGUUUUUCGUUAAAUUAAAAGUUGAUUGAGAGUGUGGGAGUGUGACAGUAGGCACAACACGAGACUAGGCUCCGGUGAGUGAGUCAAGAGAACGAAAAAGAGAGAGGGAGCGAAGCAAAGGAAAGCGGAAAUGGCUGGCGGGCGCGCUUCUGUGCGCGGCAAUUAUGUUAAGUGGCCAAUUAGCAAUUAACCGAGGAACUGAGCGCGGCCCCCUUAAUUGCGCCGCGGGAGGAGCAUCAACGAGAGUGUAUCGGGAGUCGGUUGAGCGACGCGCAAGGAAGUGCAAGGUGCCAAGGAUCCCUCGGCCUCGUCCAUAAAGCAGGGCAAAAACUUAUUGGAAAAAAAGAAGCAGCACACGUCAAGGACGUCGGAGAAAGGGAGAGAAGGUGUGGGCUCGCAAUAAUAAUCUCUCGGUGUAGAUAUUCAAGUGUGCAACAGUGAAUUCAGUGAUUGAGCAACGUUUCGCAUGUUCGGAGGAGAGAAAAGCAAUCGGUUUCGUGGCACCUUCGUAAACGCGGUAACCGAUGCGUCCAAAUUAAUUAAUACGCUCCGUAUUCGCGUGUGAAUGAAAGGUCAUUGAAGAGAAUAGUAAAACUUAGAUUCUGGUGAUAAUCCGGUGAGGUGCGACGGCUCCGUCGUGUCAAGCGUCGGCAAAAUUCUGUCUCCUAGACAUCGGAGUAGUCCUGGGGUUGCGACGGAGGCACCCUCCGGGGCCCACAGUCCCAAACGACCUUCAGUGAUGACGGUCCAUCAUCAGAACCACCACACGGCUGCCCUGAGUGGCAUCACCGUGCCAGAAGCCCGGAACGGCUUGAACCUGAGCAGAAUGUCAGGCCCCGAGACGACUCACCGUCUCGACAAUCACCAUCAUCAUCAUCAACCGCCAGCCGCUAUGUCCGAAAACGAGCGUAACGGCUGGUUAGUAUUUGAGCGAUUGUCAAACAGCUCGAGCAAUAACAACAACAACAACAACAGCGUUCACAGCCACAGUGUCGAGGAACGUGUCAGAGGUCGAGCUGACGCGGCUACCACGAUGCCCCCCAGAUCCCGCUUCAUGAUAACCGACAUUCUCGCCGAUGCCUCGAGCCCUGUCAGCCAAGAGCCACCCGGAAGUCCGCCAUCGGGACCCCGGGAUCUCAGUGUCAGACACCAAUCGAGGCAGGUGCUUAAACGCAAACGCGACGAUGACAGCGACGCUAGUCAUCACGAUGGAGCAUCCGUUUCGUCCAAUGGUGGCAAAGAAGACGACCCCAAGGAAUCGACCUCGCCGCAAUGUAAGAAACAACGGAAAGCACGCACCGCCUUCACCGAUCAACAGUUGCAGACCUUGGAGAAAAGCUUCGAGAGACAAAAGUACCUGAGCGUACAAGACAGAAUGGAACUCGCGUCGAGCCUGUCGUUGACUGAUACGCAAGUGAAAACGUGGUACCAGAAUCGAAGAACAAAGUGGAAGCGCCAGACGAUGGUGGGAUUCGAGAUUUUAGCGGAGGCCGGACAUUACGUGGCGUUUCAGCGGCUGUACAACAACCCUGCAGCACCGGCUGGAUCUCAGCCAGGGUACUGGUCGUACCCCGGAACACCGGCGCCCUCCCCGAACGAGCUGUUCUACAGGCAGGCAACGGCAGCGGUGACCCUCCAGAAGCCGAUGCCCCAAAGAUUUUACCCCCCGACGUUGAUGCUCGCCGGACCCAGUGCGCCGCUCGGCAAUCUCGCGGCGAGUUCGAGCCUUUCCACCCUUAGCAAUUACUACAAUCUCGAAAGUCCCGAAGUUUUGGACGCGAGGGAACGCGAACGGUUGGAACGCGCAAUGAUACAGAGGAGUCGCAGCAAGAGCCUCGAGAGAACGCCGCCCCCGCGGGAAGACACGCCGCAGAGCGUCAGGGCGGACAGCGACGACGAGAGCAUAAACGACAUCUAGGACUCCUCGAAUGAUACUCGAGAACGAUUGUGUUAUAAGUGUUGAUCAUAACCGUUGGACGUACACGCUGAGGGGAACGAGAAUGAAGAGGCGUCGCGUGGCUCGCCUUCGGACCGCGCUCGCUCGCGUGAAUGAACCUUCGGCACGUACGCGCCCGCGGAUCGUCAUCGUCUCAUUUGUACGACGGGAGACGCUGAAAGAGCGUGCGGAGAGUGCGAGGGAGCAGCCUGCAGGAAAGACGAUACCCGCGAUCAACACUCGGGAUUCCUCGCACACUCGCGGACAUCCGAGAUUUGCGGGAACGAAUGUGCCUCUAGGCACAGGAUGUGUGAGCGAGAUGCGGUUAACCGAGGAGGGACAGCACGAAUCGCGGAGCUCUCGCGGCGUCUCAAAUGAACUUCGUCGACGAGCGCAGCUCAAAUCUAUAGCGAUCGCGAUCGUUCCUUGGACGGGAACUGUUCGGGGAAAGAAACAGACUCGCGGUCCCGAUGCCAAUGAUUCUCCUCGACGCGGCGGCCGCUAACACGCUGGUUUGCAACGCCUCCGCAAUUCGAAUUUCCAUCAAAUUUGUAAAAUAUAUUUCAUAGUUUAUAAUCGUGGAAAUAUGACCAUUAUUAAGGGGGAUAAUGAAAGCAUAAUAUAUCGUUCCUGAUAAAAUAUGAGAAAGAAAAAGAAAAUAAAGAAAAAUCGUACUUCGUUCCUCACAACGAUUCGCUGCGCGUUAAGAGGCUCGUUGCGGCGUAAACUCGUUUCGUAAAUUCCUUCGUCGUGUAUACGUAACGCCCGCCCUUAAUUGUACUUUAUUUUAUUCCCUUAAAAAUGUCGUAGCUGUUUAUGGAGGCCGAUGAAAAUACAAAGUGUAAAUAUCCUUUUAUUUUUUGUGUUCUAUUUUUCGGUGACACCGAGAAGAAAACCGUCGGGCUUUUGUCCCGGAGACAAAGGGACUGUGAAUAACUUGAGACGAUAAUAUUCGUGGUUUGUUUUUCAAUUCUACGCUCUUACUUAAGUUCGUGUGAUAAAACUCGUGGUUAUACGUUUUGAAUCGUUUUCCAUAAUUAACACGUGCAUUUAAACAUUUCAUCGGGAUCGAUGCGGUUAUUAUUGUGCGGCUUCGGGAGACUGAACUCAAUUGUUUUGUUUAUCAAUAUUUCGUUAUUAUUUUUGGCUGGUAUUUCGACGAAAAGCAAUCGUGUUUCAAGAGGGGUUAAUCGCGUAUCGGUGCGAUCGUCGAUUUCGGGAUAUCGCGUGUUACACAAAAGUGUAAUAUCGAGGCGAAGGUGGAAGAACGAGGGAAAGAGAGGAAGCCGAAUCGGUGCAGGGGGAGAGGCUCGAGAGGAAAGAGAGAAAGAGAGAGAGAGAGAGAAGGAGCGACGAGGGGUAACGACUUUAAUAAUAGCCAGUUCCUCGCUGGGCUCUCGGUAAAAAAGAAUCGAUUUCUCUAUCAAUCUCAAAUCUUAUCAAUUCUUCACGCAAUAUGAGUUGCCAUGAAUUCUCUAGCAUUACACGCUUUCGAGUUCACGUGCAACGAGAGCAAGGGGGCGCCGACACUUUCGUGUCAGCGACUUUCCUCGACUAAACUUAAAUAUUUCUCAAGCUGUGAAUCGAUAUCGGGAUACAACUCGACUCGUCCCGCGUUGUCCUCGAUCAGGAGUAUGCGCACUCUCACAUGGGCGCGUGUAUUCAAAUGUGUAAGGUGAGAUCAGUGUCAGGUAAAAAAGGAGCGAAUCGGUGCUGCCCGCCGAUUGGCUCGCUAUCGUGAACGUGCAAUUAAUUCGACAUUAGUGUUGCUCCGUGUGUAUGGAAGUCGCCUGCGGGGCGACACGAAUCUUGGGCUUUCUCUCUCCCUCGCUCCUUCGCUCUCUCACACCAAAAUGACACGGAAUUACGUGCCCGCACUCGGCCAUUGCUGAAAGCCCCUCGUUCGGCAACUUCAAUCUGUGAUUCGAGUUAAUACAACGGACAAAAAAGCUGAUGAAAAAACAACACAAGUUAAACACGAAGGAGAGAAGAAUAUUAAAAGAAAUAUUAAAAAGUAUACAACCUUUGCGACUCCGGAUGGGGCCUUUAUUCAAAUAAUCAGAGAUCUGCUUCUCGCGAGAGCUUCGCGUCGAGCAUUCAGCCUCAAAACAAUAUGUAUAUGCAUACAUACACGCUGAAAUAGAAUGUGAGUCAACUCGAAACUCGUAACUUGUUUGAUCGUGUGGCUUCCAGCAGUGGAACAGAGAAUAUCAGCCGAAUUCGACAAAUAAUAUAUACGCUCUCGAGCCAUCGCUGUGUGUACCAUCAUUCGCGUGUGUGCGGUUUCGUUUAAACGAGCUCGAUUUUGCCAAGAGCCUCUUCUCCUCGGCUAAUUAAUAUCAAGCGUCGCGAAUGAGAGUGAAAAGCUUGUUUCCAUCUCUCUUUCUUCCCUCCGCGUGGCCAUUCCUCAAAGUAUAAUUCGAGGGGACAUCGCAUAAAUAAGUGGGACUAUGCACACACGGCGCAACGCUCGAUCGGCCAUUAUUUCAGGUUCGUGCGUACAAAAACGAGCCAUUUAUUUUCGUAGUCCUGCGAGAGGCUCCGUGAAUCGAAUAAUCGAGAUUCUCCGAACUCUUCGAUAUUUAUGAACGAAAUAUUGUGAGCUGCGUCGAAAAGCGCGCGAGUUUUCAAACCGUUUUUCACAUGGAGCGUUGAAAAAAACGUGGGAGAAUCGAAACGUUUGAGUCGCGAUUACCCGCGAGCUCGGCACGUCGGGCAGCCCGAUGAAAUUCUGUUUUACUCAAAGCCAAAGGGAAGAAAACCAGCGUAUCGAGAUGUGUAGAUAUGUGUAUGGAAACUAAGAGGAUUCACGUGUAUACUCAUCCUUUUUACAGAGCGCCAUUUUGGGGCUGUCACACGAGUCUUGUAAAUAGGUAAAUUCCUCUUCGAUGUAAGUGACGACGUGUAACUGUGCAACAGAGUGGGGGACCGAGGAUCGAGAUAUUUAAAUUUUAGAACUUAAGUCGAAGCCAAUGGAUCGUAAGAGCGAGAUAAAUACGAAAGACAAAAACCUUAUUCAUAAUAACGGAACAAUAUUUAAAAAAAAAGUAUUUUUCAGAUUCCAAGUAUACGCAUAGGGAAACGCCGCUCGCAUUUUUCGAAAGAUCGUCAGCUUUAACGUUCGAUCAAACACGAGGUACGGAAACGAUAAUUACGAUCUUUCGACCAAUGUGGCGUUGGGGUUCGAUUAAUAAAAUACCAGUAUUAUUGAAUGUAUAAAAAAAAAAAAAAGAAGAAAAAAAACCAAUUAGAUUUUACGACCCAAGCUAUGAUUGAGUGUAGCGAACGAAUAACGUAGAUACGACGAAGCGUUUAAACAAACAAUAAAAAAAAAAUAAUAAAAAAAAAACAAUGCGCAAUGAGUAUUGAAAAUUUUAAUGAAACGAGAAGGAUUAAGU